AUGGUUCUGGUGGACCUGCCACUACCACUCCUCCUGCUGUUGUUGCUGUUGCCCAGGAUAGCACUAACUCAGCUGAAGAUACUGACCCUGCUGCUGCUGCUGCUGCUAUUGCAGGAACCACAAGCUGCUGAAAAGCCAAAACCGAGGCUAUGUGGAAUCUGCGAGGAGCAGGAAGGCAAAUACAAAUGCCCUCGCUGCUCACUACCCUACUGCUCUGUGGUCUGCUUUCGCUCCCAUAAGGAGAACCACCCGCCCGACCCCCCUAAGCCAACCCUACCUCCCAAACCAUCGACUCUAGGAGCCAACCAAGAUGCCUCCUCCAAGACCCGCAAGCGCAACGCGCAUCCGUUCAGCGUGCUCGACGACUCGCCCGAGCUGCAGCGGCUCUUCAGCAAGUACCCACGGCUCCCUUCCAAGCUCGCCAAGAUCAACGCCGCCACCCUCCCGCCCAAAGAUGAGCAGCAGCAACCCCCUGGCCGUGGAGGUCUGCCCUGGACGCUGGCCCAGGCGCCAGGGUACCAAUCCAAGAAGCCCAAGUGGACACAUGACACAGGCCUCAAGCGUGGCAAGGAAGCCCUCCGCAAGGCGCGCACAGAUCCUGGCGAGGAUGGCGAUGCCGUGCGGGAGUACUGCGAUCUGGUGCUGCAUCUGCUGGCUAGGGAGGAGGACGUCAAGGUCAACGUCACCGACCUGGUGCGGCAACAGGUCACGCAGGAGGAUGUCAAGCUCAUUGAGGAUCUGAUGAAGGCGGAAGAGAAAUGGGCUUGAGAGGUAUCCAUCUACCCGUGAGCCCAUCUGCCAAGUCACGGGCAAGGGACCCACCUACCUGCCUCUACAUGACGAAGCAACAACGCGCAUGUGGAGAAUCUUUUGCGACUGAAUAUGUGGGCUCAUAACCUCGUCGACCACGCCAAAGCGUGGCUACAAGAGAUCGUGACAGCCUGUGCACAGGCUGCGGGCCCAAGAUGGUUGUGUAGGUACGGUAGCUGUUCGAGACUAAGUGUUAUCCGAGACACGUGUGCUGUACGUCUGGCCAAGGGGCGCCGGUUGGAUGCCGGUUCCAAGGGCAGUCUGCCCGCUGCCGUUCGGGCAGCGUUCCCGGAGGAGAUAAAACACUGAUUCUUCGUGCUUGUGGUCAGUCCAAGGGCCGCUUUCCAGUCCACGAGGUCUCAAGGCGCUUCGAGAUAUCUUGGGCUCCAUAAUCAGCCGCUUCUGCGGCUGUUGGCUCGUGUCACUGCUGUCGUCUUCGGUAUAGGGACUAUGCCAAACACGAGAGAGUAGUUGCAGAGCCUCCAUCAGCAUUUGUACAGAAGUAGGUUUAUGCCUAGACGAUACCACCAUAGUAAAUCAAAUGGAAGUCAUUAC